AUGGACUCCAGGAUGCUCUCGACUAUGUUUGGUAGUGACAGUGAAGAUGAUGAUAAGAAUGAAAGUAAAUCGGCAGUAGAAGCAUACAAUAAAGCUAAGGAAAGUUUGUAUGCUGUAGCCCAUGGAGGAGAAAAGCCACAUGAAUUAACAAGUCAGCUUCAAAAUGACUGGGGCAUUGUUUCUCAAAAAGAGAAAGACCUGUAUGGAGCAAAGGCAACCAAGGCCAGCAAAUUAAUCUGCCACGUUAUUGCCCCAAACGAUUCAGAAAAGCUCUUCCAGUCCAUGGUACAUCAUGAUCAAAGCCUACAGAAUCUUGCCCAAAGUCUUCAUCCUCUAAUGACCGCAUAUGCGAAGGUUCCAUCCAAAACCUUGAAGACUCAGAUACGGAGUAUAUACGCAUAUGAACACACGAUAGCUGUUUUUCAAAAG